CCACUGCUCUAACCACGAACUUCAGGUCUUCUCUGGAUCGCUGGGCUUCCUGUCUGCAGUCACUCAACUCUGGGCCAUCUUGACUUGCCUGAAGGGUGGAGAAUUGGUAUCUUCCCAGAGAAGGGGAGAGAAUUCUCACGUUCUCCUGUGGGCACAGGCAUGAGACUGAGUUUGUAAAGCUCGCUGUGGCCUUUCUAGACUUUUUCUGUGACUUGGACUUUUUGUGUUUGUAAGCUGUUUCCGUGAGGACUCCGUCAUGACUCUGCUGGAGCCUGAGAUGCUGAUGAUGGCUGUGCAGUCAGUGCUGCAGUUGAAGCUCCAGCAGCGGCGGACCCGGGAGGAGCUGGUGAGCCAAGGGAUCAUGCCGCCUUUGAAAAGUCCAGCUGCAUUUCAUGAGCAGAGAAGGAGUCUGGAACGGGCCAGGACCGAGGACUAUCUGAAACGGAAGAUCCGUUCCCGGCCGGAGAGAUCAGAACUGGUCAGAAUGCACAUUCUGGAAGAGACCUCGGCUGAGCCUUCUCUCCAGGCGAAGCAGCUGAAGCUGAAGAGAGCCAGGCUGGCUGACGACCUCAAUGAAAAGAUCGCACAGAGGCCUGGCCCCAUGGAGCUGGUGGAGAAGAACAUCUUGCCUGUGGAGUCCAGCUUGAAGGAAGCCAUUAUUGUGGGCCAGGUGAAUUACCCGAAGGUCGCAGACAGCUCCUCCUUUGACGAGGACAGCAGUGACGCCUUAUCCCCUGAGCAGCCUGCCAGCCAUGAGUCCCAGGGCUCAGUGCCAUCACCCCUGGAGCCCCGAGUCAACGAGCCACUGCCCAGUGCCACCUCCACAUCACCCACUCAGGUUCUUUCUCAGCUCCCAGUGGGUCCGGAUCCUGGAGAGACGCUUUUCCUGACAGAGCAGCCUCCUCUGCCUCCCCCACCUCUGCUGCCCCCCAGCCUCACCAAUGGAGCCACCGUCCCUACCGCCAAGCCUGCCCCCACACUCAUUAAGCAAAGCCAACCGAAGUCUGCCAGCGAGAAGUCACAGCGCAGCAAGAAGGCCAAGGAGCUGAAGCCAAAGGUGAAGAAGCUCAAGUACCACCAGUACAUCCCCCCGGACCAAAAGCCGGACAAGGGGGCGCCCACCAUGGACUCCUCCUACGCCAAGAUCCUGCAGCAGCAGCAGCUCUUCCUGCAGCUGCAGAUCCUCAACCAGCAGCAGCAGCAACAGCAGCAGCACUACAACUACCAGGCCAUCCUGCCUGCCCCUCCCAAGCCAGCAGGCGAGACUCCCGGAAGCAGUGCCCCCACCCCGUCACGCAGCCUUUCCACCAGCAGCAGUUCCAGCUCAGGCACCCCAGGGCCCAGUGGGCUGGCACGGCAGAACAGUACUGCACUGGCUGGCAAACCAGGAGCCCUGCCAGCCAACCUGGAUGACAUGAAGGUGGCAGAGCUGAAGCAGGAGUUGAAGUUGCGGUCACUGCCCGUCUCUGGCACCAAGACAGAGCUGAUUGAGCGCCUGCGUGCCUACCAAGACCAAGUCAGCCCAGCUCCAGGAGCCCCCAAGGCCCCUGCCACCACCUCUCUCCUGUCCAAGGCUGGUGAGGUAGUGGUCGCCUUCCCUGCGGCCCGGCUGAGCACAGCGCCAGCUCUUGUAACAGCAGGCCUAGCACCAGCUGAGAUGGUGGUGGCCACAGUAACCAGCAAUGGCAUGGUGAAGUUUGGCAGCACGGGCUCCACGCCCCCUGUGUCUCCCACCCCCUCAGAGCGGUCACUGCUCAGCACGGGUGAUGAGAAUUCCACACCGGGGGAUGCCUUUGGUGAAAUGGUGACAUCGCCGCUGACACAGCUCACCCUGCAGGCCUCCCCACUGCAGAUCCUCGUGAAGGAGGAGGGUGCCCGUGCUGCGUCCUGCUGCCUGAGCCCUGGUGCACGGACUGAGGUGGAGGGACUGGACAAGGACCAGAUGCUGCAGGAGAAGGACAAGCAGAUUGAGGAGCUGACCCGAAUGCUCCAGCAGAAGCAGCAGCUGGUUGAGCUGCUGCGGCUACAGCUGGAGCAGCAGAAGCGGGCGCAGCAGCCGGCCCCAGCCAGCAGCCCUGUGAAGCGAGAAAGUAGCUUCUCCAGUUGCCAGCUCAGCAGCCAACCUCAGGGUUCUGCUUGUGCCUUUGGCCCUGGCCUGGUGGCUCCCACUACCAGUCAUGGAGACACUCAAGCUCCAGCCCCAGGGCCCGUACCUGUGGUGGUGAAGCAGGAAGCCGGGCCGCCUGAGCCAGAUCUGGCCCCUGCCCCCCAGCUGCUCUUGGGCCCACAGGGUACCAGCUUCCUCAAAAGGGUCACCCCUCCUACUCUGGUCACUGACUCUACAGGGACUCACCUCAUCCUCACAGUGACCAAUAAGAGUGCAGAUGACCCUGGCCUGCCCACUGGGAGCCCCCGGCAGCCUCUGUCUCAGCCUGGUUCUCCAGCCCCUGACCCACCUGCCCAGAUGGACCUGGAGCACCCGCCUCAGCCCUCAUUUGCAGCACCCACAUCUCUGCUGAAGAAGGAGCCACCUGGGUAUGAGGAGACUGUGACUCAGCAGCCUAAGCAGCAGGAAAAUGGCUCUUCCAGUCAGCAGAUGGACGAUCUGUUUGAUAUUCUUAUUCAGAGUGGAGAGAUUUCAGCAUAUUUCAAGGAGCAACCAUCCCUACCAGGCAAGGAGAAGCCACCCCCAGCAGCAGCCUGUGGGUCCCUGCUGACACCACAGCCCUCGCCUUCGAAUGAACUCCCUCAGGCUGCUCCUCCACCUGGCUCCCCCACUCUCCCGGGGCGCUUGGAGGACUUCCUGGAAAGCAGUACGGGGCUGCCCCUGCUGACUAGUGGGCACGAAGGACCAGAGCCCCUCUCCCUCAUUGAUGACCUCCAUAGCCAGAUGCUGAGCAGCUCUGCCAUCCUGGACCACCCCCCAUCACCCAUGGACACCUCUGAAUUGCACUUUGCUUCUGAGCCCAGCAGUGGUAUGGGCCUGGACCUAGCUGAUGGCCACCUGGACAGCAUGGACUGGCUGGAGCUGUCAUCUGGUGGCCCUGUGCUCAGCCUGGCUCCCCUCAGUACUGCAGCCCCCAGCCUCUUCUCCACGGACUUCCUGGAUGGCCACGACUUGCAGCUCCACUGGGAUUCCUGCUUGUAGCCCUCUGACUCCAGACAUAGGCUAGGGAAGGGUCUGAAGUUGGGGAGCCACAGGACCAUAACCAGUGUGUGCUCCCUGUGACUGUGAGCCUUGACAAUCACAGUCCCUGGAGGCUGCAGUAGAGACCCUACACCUGGCUCACGCUCACCCAGGGCCGGGGAUAAAAGCUCUCAAGAAACAACUCUGGGCCCAUGCUGAGGCUUUCAGAGGCUGGCCAAACCCAGUUCAAUUCGACCUCCUUUUCUGAGGUCAGAGGUGCACACCUGGCUGAAGUUUGGCCCAGGUGGGCCUGGAGCCAACCUGCCUUCCUCUCCCUUUAAGGAGGAAACUAGCCAGGCCUCUACUUGCCCAUUCCCUAUUUCAGCCAGUCCCAGGACCCUGUGUCCCAAGAGGUGGCACUCUGCCAUUUUAGUCUUGGUAUAUAGUGUAACCAUUUAGUGGUUGGUGGCAAAAAUCUGUAUAGGUGUAUAUACCUCGAUAUUAUAUAUCAACUUGCAUAUAUACAUAUAUUUUUAGGGGUGGGGGGAGAUGGGUGUGGCUACCUCCACCUGCUUUCACAUGCAAAGGCCUGGAGAGCUGCUUGGGGAUUGAUACAGGGUCACCAUGAGGAGCUGUGUGCCACGUGGCCCAGUACCCAACCUGGCAUGCAGCUGCCUAGGCCUAUCCCACACAUAUUUGACAUGUAGACAGACACCUACCAUCGCCUACACGCCACCCUGCCCUGCUUCCUGGCCCCAUAGUGCCACAAGGGCAGAGGUGCUUCCUGGUUCUCAGUUCUCCACUCACCCACAUUCCGUCCCAUCUCCCCACUGCAGCCACCCUGGCCUUGGGAUGGGGUAAGGGUGGGUGGGUCCCGCGGGUCCCGGCUAUACCUGCUGGGGACUAAGAGGUACCUUCUGCCCAACACCAGCCCUGUUCUGUCCUGAUCCAGUACGGAGUAGGGACAGUGCUGGGACAAAGGUGGGGAAGCUGUGUGAACUUUUUAAAAUAAAACAAAAACACUGACUUGCCAGGCUGUUGUACUUGAUCCAUCAGGGCUGAAAGGCGUGACUGGGGUCCUGGGCCUAUUCCAUGACGGCACCUACAGGUCACACUGUGGCCCUAGUUUCAG